UUAUGUAACUGGCAGAGCCCAGCAAGGAAGGAAAAAGGGUUCGCGGGGAGCAAGUGAUGGAAGGCGACGGCGGCGGGGGGCGGAGAGAUGAGGCGGAGGAGCCGCGGGACGCCCGGGUGGUGAAGGAGCUACUCCGGUCGAUGGGUCUGGAGGAGGGGGAGUACGAGCCGCGAGUGGUGCACCAGUUCCUGGAGCUCGCCUACCGCUACGUGGUGGACGUGCUCACCGACGCCCAGAUCUACGCCGACCAUGCCUCCAAAACCUCCAUCGAUCCCGACGACGUGCGACUCGCUAUCCAGGCGAAGGUCAAUUUUUCCUUCUCGCAGCCCCCGCCGCGCGAGGUGCUGCUCGAACUUGCUAAGAACAAGAAUAAGGUUCCAUUGCCCAAGACAAUUGCACCACCAGGAAGCAUUCCCUUGCCACCCGAACAGGACACCUUGAUCAGCCCCAAUUAUCAGCUACUGAUACCAAGGAAGCAGCCCGCUCAGGUUGAAGAAACAGAGGAGGAAAGCGGUGACGGUGCUAAUGUAAACCCCAACUCCACUAACAACUUAUCUCAGGAGCAGAGAACUGCUUAUGUUGAUCCACAACCCUUCCAGCAGACUCAGCCUAGAGUGUCUUUUCCUCUUUCUUCAGCAGCAAAGCGUCCAAGGGGGCAAUGACGAUCAAUUAUGUCAUUACUGGCAUCAUCUACUCAUGUUCAUCCAGACUAUUUAGGAUCAACUAUAUGAGUGUAAGCUCUAUGCAAGUUUAUAUCAGUAUUUAAAGGCCAUGGAAUGAUCUAGCCUCUCAAAAACGUGAUAUUGCUUGCACGAAAAAUGAAUGAUCAUUUGCUUCCCUUGAAUCUGGAAUGCAACGCUGAACACGUCUCAACUGAAGCUGUGAAUAUUUUGUACCCAUUGCUAUUACUCAUGGCAAUUAAAUUUAUACUCCUGUUAUUUGUGGCUUGCUUAA